AUGCGAAAGUACGAAGCUCGGAUCGACAUCAAACAAAAAGAAGACGACGGGCUGGAGGAUACUUUGAAUUCACAGCAACAAACGAAAUCAGUGAGUCGGCAUGCUCUUCACUUACACUUACAUGAUGUUUGUUCACUGAAUACUGAAAAAACUGUCUCGUUUGCAUACGGGCUUAUAAAUUCAUGAAUGUCUCUGGUUUAGCAUUUAAUUUUUUGCAAAACUGGUUCAAAAUCAGCUGUUGAUAGGGGUACGACGAACGUUGUUUGAUGUUUCAACCUGAACUUCUACCGGUCACUUCCUGAUAAUGAAUCCUAGCUGCACUAAACUGCAAUUUUACAACUUUGUGUAUGUUGAGAUUCACCAGAGUUGCCAAUUUUGAGAUUAUGAAAGAUUUGAAUCCAGCAAAGAACAAGCUAAAACACAAAAUCAGUUCAUUGAAAACAGAACAUAAGACCAUAUUGACUUUCUUGGUUGGUUCUGACUGCCUCUAGAGGAGUCUGCCAUCAUUUCUCCCGUUUGUUUCCUCACGGCCACCACGUCCCCACCGAGCCGACAGUGCUCUUUUUGACUGUUUGCGUCUUUGGCUCUCUCCUCAAAACGCACGGUUACCAGUCAGUUGGGCCCGUCCUGCGCGACUUUUCUUAUUUACUUUCACCGUCAUCGCUGCAAGUCGUAUUCUUUUCUUUCUAAUAGAAUUUUUUUAACGCGAAGAAACAGUCAAACGAAAAAUAAAAGCGAGAACCGUUUUGGUGUUGAUCUUUUUUGUUCUUAGUGAUUUUUCUUCAAGUGAACUUAAAACUAUGCUUCAAAAUUCUGAACUUUUUAGACAUCUUCAAAAACAAGUACCUCUGAGAACGACUAUGAAUAUUUUGUUCACUUUUUCGAGCAAUGUACUUCAAAUUUGUCUGUGUCACAAAAAGUACACGAUUCCUAUUCUCAACGCUAAUCUUAUAUUCUGCUCAAAUCCUUUCCGCCUGACUAAUUGUAUUGAAACUGAGCAAUGAAAUGAACUUGACAUUGAAAAGUUUUGUUCACAUCUCCGUAACCUGCUUGAUUCUCGCUGCUUUCUUAUUUUUAUUCUUGUUCUUCUUCCUUCUCUUUCUCCGAUCAUAAAUAUUCAACAAACUUUUAGUUAGUCAAGAGACAAUGCUGCAUAUUUACCGUACCGCUACUGUUACACAACUCAAAUAACAAGGAAGUCUUCUUCUUCUUCUUCUUCUUCUUCUUCUUCUUCUUCUUCUCCACCUUCUCCUCCUCUUUUCGGCCAUCAAAUCGUUAUCUUUGCCGCCCAAUCAGUGGGGUGCAGAUAUGCGAUCAGUCGAUAAGUGCUGCGCGCCUUCCGCGAAAACGGGGCAUGAAUUAUCGGCAGAGGAAGGAGACCCGGUGAGCGCGAGUAUUCCUCUCUUCUUACCCCCUUCAAAACACACGACCGACAUUGAAAAAAUUCCGGUUUCAAGUUUGUUUCACGCGAUUUUUUCUCAUAUGGAAUACCUUCAACAAAUUUUUCCAGUUUUCUCUCUGCUGACAUUGUCUUUUUUGAUCUGAUUAGGUUAUACCGGGCAGGUAGAUCAAAACUUUUGCUGAAAUGCUAUGAUAUGUGAGGAAACAGGGAACUUUCAUAGAUUAGGAAAUGCAUGAGAUCAACAGGACAAAAAUGACAAAGGUGUUGCGGAAAAAAUGGAGAAGAUCGCCUAUCUCCUAUCAGUCUUGAUAUACCUCCUCUCUUCCCUUUCAUUUCUUCAUUGAAAAUCUGUUUCCUGUUCGGGGGCAGUGUACAUCCGUCGCCCCUGUUGUUGCAAACGUGACGAGGAAAAAUUAACGGCAGAAGUCAAUAGUGUGUUGCGAAUUGCAUCGGAACCGAUCAUUUUUGAUAAGCUUAGUGAUUUUCGCUGUUUUGAACAAUAUGGCAGGAUUAUCGGAUCUGGUUGGUAUUUUCUGAAUAUUUGAAAAUUGAGAAAUCAAGAUUUUGGUCAUAUUUUUGCUAAACAUCAUUUUCACACUCUAGAACAAUUGAAAAAAGCGCGAUGCUCCGACCAACCUACUUGAAUUAAAAGUAAAAUAAUGAGCAAGUACCUAAAUGUAUCUUCUCGCUCAUCUCUCUUGCGCCACAGAAUAAAAUAAAAUGCAUGUACACGCUAGGCGAAGAAUUCUUGAAGCACGUCUCAGAAUGCAUGCUUCUUCCGGCGCCACACAAAUGCUCUGGCCAGUAUCUCUCGCAUGUACUCUUUCGUCUGCCUUUUCGUCGUUUUCUAUCAAUGUUUGAAUGCAUAAAUGUCUCUCGACGUGUAUAUUCUCUUUUCCGCCGCGUACGAAGAAGGAGGGGGCUCAAGAUGUCAUACUAGUCUAUUAAAACCGCCCGACAUAACUAGAUAUCAACAAACUAAUUAAAAAUAGAAUAUUUUGAUGGCAAGAAGACCGUAACUAUGAGUAAACUUUAACCAAACAACACAAAUUGUGUUCUUCUUAUCAAUGCCCAGCCUCGUUAGUUCUUCUUUCGAUUCUGACGCUGCCACAAUGUAAUGUCACUAUGUAACAAUGGAAAAAAAUAUUGAUCAAAAUAAACGUCUCUUCUUUUCUCUUCUUUCCCAUCGAACAUGACAUUCGAUUGUUCUGUCUCCCUCCACGUUCUAUCAUUUGCGGUCCUGUUCAUUUUCACAACAAAACACGUUGAAUUUUGUGCUAGGACAGCAAGAAAAGUACUUUUUUUGUUCGUCUAGCUCGAAGCUCAGCUGCCCCUUCUUUUCCUCAGCCCUUUUCCGUUUUCUUGAAAAAUAUGUGUCCAGCCAAGCCAAGCAGUGCGGGGUGUUUGGUCUUGUAUAGUGGAACACACAAGACCAUAAAUAAUUAGCAUCAAUUUGUUCCCUCUCUCACUCUCCCUCUCUCUUUGCAUGCUCCUCUUCAUGCUUUUCACUGUUUCGCCCUUUUGUUGUACAUUCACAAUCUUUUAUCUUUUUAGGAUAGCCCGGCACUGGCGUGUCCCGCGCCGAUCUUCGCUCCUGCGCCACAGCGCGCUUCCCACUGGAAAGCCGCCCUGGCCCCACCUCAUCAGACAACAUUCACCGGGUACGUCAUUCUUCUUGGCUUUCAACCACUCUCCCCCUUCCCGAAAUCAUAUCAAUAUUAGUAAUUUCAGUGGGUUCACCUCAUCCGGACCGUCAGCAUUCUACGCGGUGUCACCGGCACAUUCGGUCAACGCACUCACGACCUCGACGGCCACUAUUUACGAUCAACUGAUCAGCCUACCCCGAUUGCUACAGGAAAUCUCGAACAAUAACGUCCUACGCCAACACAUGAAUGCCACAUCUUUCAAACCUAUUCCCAACAAUGAAAAGUGAGGAACACUGGCAUUUUUUUAGAGCAUUGCGUACCAGAAUUGCUCGGAUUGUUAUAAACAACAGUCCAAAAUCACAUGGAGACAGCUUUUAGUGUCGAUAGUUCAGAAAUGAUGGAUAGUUUAAUGGCAUUUGGUCAACGAAUGCCUUUUUUAUUUCUGGUCACCAGAACUGCUAAAUCGAAUGACACUCACAGAUUUUACACAUAAUUUUUAGUUUCCUUCCGUUUUUUAUUGAGAUGAGUUAGAACAUCCUGAAAACAUCGGAAAGAUUAAACAUUAGAGUCAAAACCACUAUUUUUAGAAGUUUUUAGAGCACACUUGAUAAUAGAUUAAAUUUUCAAUUCCAGAGUUGACUUGGCUCGAUUCCGGGUGAAGGACCCCAACGAGUGGCUAGUGGAUGACGUGGUGGCGUGGAUGUUGGACGUUGCAAAGAGGCAUAAUAUUCCUUUUGAAGAGAUGAAUAUGCAUAAAGUGAGUUCUGAGCUUCAAGCUCUUGGUUUUUCGGGUUCAUAGCUCACUGACACGAGAGCCCAUCUAAAAAACAAAGAUUGCUCCAACCGGAAAGAUGAACUGAAUGUUAUCGGUGUAGCCCACCCCCAGUGAGCACACGAUGCAUAAUUAUUAAGCUACUAACUAACGAGUACGUUUCUGUUCUCCUCGCCACUCUCUUUUUCUCUAUUUUUUGAAAAUCAGCUGGCUUGUGGUCGCGGCUCCAACACAGCCGUAAUGAUAUCAGCUGGAUUAACGUGCUCGUUGAUCAUCUAGUUUCCGUUGGGCAAAAGCUCACAACAUUUUUCACCACUAGUUUAUCAAAUUUUCCAGUUCUCAACGCUGUCUGGCCAAGAAAUGCUAACAAUGAGUGAACGGUGCUUCAUUGAGCGAGAUCCUGUGUUCGGAAAUUUGAUCUUCUCGGAGUUUCGCAAAACUUUGGAGAAUUCAGGUGUGUUUUUAGCUUCCUCUUUUUAUUUUUCUUCUUUUUCAACUGGCACGAAACAGAAGAACAAAAGAAGCACUUUUGGCUGAUCUGAUCACUGAACGUUGAUCGUCACACUUCACAUCAAAACAUUAGUUAUUUAUCCACAUAUCCCCAUUUUUUCUAGAAGACACCACGUUGGACACCGUAAUUGGAACAUUUGUCGAUGACGAAAUUCCGACCACGAGCGCCUGCGCCAGUGUCAGUGUCCAAGUUCCAGUUGCGUCUGCCCCGUCGGUUUCGGCGCCACAGCAAACCAUAGUGGACAUGACUUCGCUGGGACUUCAGCCAAUGAUCAGCAAUAUCACAUCGACUAUUGCGCCUCAGGUCCCCGUUCCAUCCUUAUCCCAACUUCCGCAACUUCCUGUGAUGCAACAUCAGCUCAAUAAUCUGAACAGUCUAACCCAAGCUCUUUCUCAUGCCCAGUCUUUCAACACCUCCAUUCUGACGCCCCAACAAACAGCAAAUGCUGUGCAGAGUUUGAAUCAAUCGCUGGCCUCAAGUCUGGCGGCUGGGUUAACCAGUGGUCUGAGCCCGAUCAAUGUUAACAACUACUUGCAUAACGGCCUAAGCCCAACGUCUCCUGGGCUACUGUCAAAUCAGCUACAGCAACAGCAACCAAAGAUCUCCCCAUUGCUCAAGUACUCCUGCUCAAUCACGUCUGAGUAUGAAGGUUAGUGUGCUUCGCUGCACAUUUUCUUGAUGUCUUUAAGCUUUGGUAGACAGACAUGCCCUUUCAAAGAUUACUCGUUUUUGUAAUAGUGUCCUUUAAACAUCAGCAACCAGCCGUGUAAAAAAGUGAGCAAAAUCAAAUUACAUUUUCAGUGCCAGAAGAGCGAUCAACGGCAAGCUGCGACUUGAAAAUUAAGAAGAACAAGGACGGAAAGCCACGGAAACGGUCGCAGCACACGAAAGGCAAUAAACUUUGGGAAUUUAUCAGAGACGCUCUCAAGGAUCCAUCCACGUGUCCAUCUGUUGUCAGGUUUGUCGAAAGUUUAUCCGUAAUCACAAAAUUUACGGUCGAAAUAUUUAGAUGGGAAGAUCCAAUAGAAGGUGUUUUCCGGAUUGUCGAGUCGGAAAAGUUGGCAAGACUUUGGGGAGCCAGGAAAAACAACGAAAAAAUGACGUAUGAGAAGUUGAGCAGAGCGAUGAGGUAAUUGAAGUCCGAAGAAACUGCCUCCGAAAAACGUGUGCCGUUUUCAGAACGUAUUACGAGAAACAAAUACUUGUGCCAGUUCCAAAAACUGGUCUUUACCCGAAGAAAUUGGUGUACAAGUUUGGUCCGGGUGCCCACGGAUGGGAAAAUGUCAAAGGCAUUUGA